AUGUACAUCAAGCCUGGCCAGGACAAGGCAGUAGAUGUGUUCGAGGAAGGGGAGCCUGAGCCUGAGCCCAAACCGUCGAUCUUGGGCGACGUUCAUACGUGGAAAACAUCUCGUGACUGGGAUAGUAUGUGUAACAAGGUUGACAAGCUGCUGGAUGUAUGCGAUCGUUGGAACCUAUCGAUCAGUGUAGCUAAAAGCUACUGGGGUAGGCGCAAAGUGACCGACCUGGGCCACCGGCUAUCUGCAGACGAGUUGGAGGCGAAGCCGAAAGACCUCGAGGCCUUCUCAAAUCUCCCGUUCCCCACAAAGCUGAAGUCGAUGCUGUCGUUCGUUGGGAGCCUGAAUUACUACAGCCUCUUUAUCGAGGACUUUCCCGUCCAUGCAGUGAUUGUGUAUGAACUUCGGGAAGUAGAUUACCACGAGAUCGCACGGUUGAAGUUGACCGGAGAGCCUGAGGAAGGGACAGCACCGGCUGAUCAGCAACGCGAUCACUUGACGCGAGAAAUAAAUGCGUUCAUCAUACGCAAAGCGAAGAUCUUCUCCACCCCGAUCUCGAACCACUUCGAUCCGGGGAGGGCACCAGUCAUAGUCCUUUAUGCUAACAAGUGGGCGAUCUAA